AUGGAUGAAGAUUUGUUGCUGAGUUUUUCAGAUGAUGCAGACAAAAAUACGGAGGAAUCUUCGCUUCUCAAGAAGAACAAGGCGCUCCAAAGCGGCCUGCACCGGGAGUACCUUGAUUUAGUCAGCAAAAUGGACACAGUACAGGUCCUGCGCAAGCACAUAAACUCUUUCAAGAAGAAAACACGAAAGCGAACAAGAACGCUGCAACUGGCAAAAAAAGAUAGCUACAGGAUGAAGCUCGUGAAAAUAGAAGACGAAGAGACCCCUGUUGCACUGAAGCUCGUCUCUGAUAUAAACGUGUUUCUUGUAUCAAAAAAGAUAACUGCGCCUGCAAUUAGCGACAACGUCUGGAGAAGCGUGGCUGAGAGAGUCAAGGCGCCUAUCCACGAGUGCAUGAGUCUCUGGUACCACCCGCACAACCCCAUAUACAGAAAAGACAAGUUCCAGCCAGAAGAAGACAGGGAAAUCCUGAAAAACGAAGGAGACUGGGCGAAAGUCUACACACAGAUGAGAAGAGCGCCCAUCACAAUAUACUCGAGAUACCUUGAGCUGCAGAAGAGCAGGCCUACGUCCCAGUGGGAUCCUGAGGAAGAUGUUGUGCUCGCAUCACUCGUGCAGAAGGAAGGAAAGCAGAGCUGGACAGAGAUAGCGACGUACUUCAAAAAUAAAACACCAAAGCAGUGCAUGUACAGAUACAAGCGAGUUUUAAACCCAGAGAUAAAACACGGAAAAUGGUCGAAGGAAGAAGACGACGCCCUUUUAGAGGCGGUAGAGAAGUGCAAAAAGGGGAACUGGAAACAGAUAUGCAAAUACAUCCCAGGCAGAACACAGUUCCAGUGCAGAGAGAGAUACCUGUACCACAUAGACCCAAAUAUAAAUAAUAACUCGUGGACAGAAGAAGAAGAUGCAAAGCUACUGGACAUUGUCAGCCUCUCUGAGAAACACGUGUGGACUAAAAUAUCGAAAGAGUUUGUGAAUCGCAGUGACAGGCAGUGCAGAGUGAGGUACUACCAGCUAGUGGGGUACUGCACGAGCAGAAAGAAAAAGAAGCCCGGCUAG